AUGCUUAUACAUGUCCUCAAUGCUCCUGGGAAUGCUGGAAUUGCCAGAUCUAUCCAGGAGAGGUUGCAGGCAAUCCAAAAGUCGGAGGCGGGGUGGGCCAUUGCAGAUGGACUUUUGGCCAGUGAUGACGCCAAUGCAAGAUUCUUUGGUGCCCUCACCUUGACCGUUAAAAUCCAUCAGGACUGGGAACAUCUUGGGGAAGAAAAAGCCAAAGGGCUUUUGGAGCAUCUGAUAAAUAACUUCGUCUCGAUGGUCUCAAGGAACGAAGCGGCAGUAGCCAUGAGGAAAUUUAUGUCAACAUUGACUACCUUCUUUUUCAAGCCUGAAGCUCCCUGGACUCAUUGCAUACGACAUGUUGCUAUUGCCAUGGCUAGUGGAAAGUGCCUCCCAGAAGAUCAGUGCGAGCAGGAAAGUUUCGAAAAGCUCGCUCUGCCUUCGCUCAGUUAUGAACGGAUGCUCCCGCUUUUGUCCUUUUCUACUACCCUAGCUGAAGAGUCAUCACGGUAUUCCCUGAGCCAGUCCCAAUAUCAGGGAUGCAAUAUAUCUGAUAGAGCAUGGCUUAUUGCAAUCCGAGGAGACCGCGUCUCUCUAGACGAUCUUCCAAAAGUAGUCGCCGUACCUUUGAAUUAUUCCGUUCAGUUUUUAGCGGUGCCUGAACUUGCAGAGAUGGCAAUGGAACUUCUUGCCGAAAUUCUUAGUAGCUAUGCAAAACUACUGGGAAUUGAACACCUGACUGCAAUCCUGCAAUUCCUCUCAGGAAAUUUCGGGGAAAAGUAUGCCUUGGCUCUAUUAAACGGGGAUUAUGAUGAGGACUCUAUGCGAUUCUUGGAUUUAUUACUGCGAUAUGCAACGACGGUCCAUACCCAACUCUUCACUGGAGAAUUAAAUGAACAGCAACGAAGGAUCCUUUUCUUGCUUCAUACCCUUUUCCGCGGACCAGGGUUCGCAGAAGUUGACGAUAAAGCGAGUUCACUUCUUCUGGAAUAUUGGACUGAGGCAGCUGAUGAUAUUAACGAUUAUAUCAUGCAGCGCGGUGUGGACGUUUUCCCAAAUCGUGUAAAAGGGGAGUUUGCACAAGUCGUCGCUUACUGUUAUGACAAGCUCCGGUAUCCUGAUUCGUCAGUACUGAAGGGGUGGGACGACGACGACGUGAGAAACUUCAAUGGAUUCAGACGUGACUUCGCAGACUUCUUGCUGGCCACCUAUUCUCUUCUAGGAUUUGACCUUAUUGAAAAGCUCGUUGAGCGAGCAACUAGCUUGAUGAACACCAACAUAUGGGACGGUUUUGAAGUAGCAAUAUUUUGUCUUGGUUUCUUGGCUGACUCUGUUGCGGAUAGUUCGAAAGUGGACAAGCUACUUCACACGAUUUUUCAUUCCGAAAUAUUCGAUGGCAUUUGUUUUAACCGAAUUUCCAUUCCUAUGAAGCCUCGUCAGACCCUAUCUGACAUGAUUGCAAGGUACACAUCAUACUUUGAACGCAACCACGACCUUCUUCCACGAGUCCUCAACUUUCUGUUCAAUUCCCUUGAUGCUCCGUCAUGCGACCAAGCUGCGUCCAAAUCCAUUUCAUUCCUCUGUCAGAACUGCCGCCAAGCACUCCCAAUGUACGUCGAUGAUUUUAUAAGUAAGCUGGAUCAGCUUCGCUCCAAUUCCUCCGUUAAUGUCACUACUCUUGAGCGAGUAUCCGAGGGCAUUGCUGCAGUUGUACAAGCGGCCACUUCAAAUACGGCCCGGGCAACAUGCCUGGUGAAACUACUAAUUCCCCUUCAUCAGUUAGCAGAACAAGCCAGAGUAGAAGCCCAAUCAGGCCAGUACGAUGACGCGCUUGAAAAGGGGAUCGGGAUAAUGCGUUGCACCGCAAGCAUAGGCAAGGGGUUUCGAGCUCCUGAUGACGCCGUGAUCGACCUAGAUACAGAGGCAGCAAGUGAAAGCACAGAUACUUUCUGGACCAGCGAUGAACUCGGCAAAUCACCACAGGCUUACGUGAUUCAGAUUCUGGAGCUCUUAAUAGGCACAUUCCCUACUGAUGGUGACAUAAUCGAAGCUACAUGCGAUAUUCUCAAGGCGGGAUAUACAGAACGCACGCCGGGCCCAUAUGUCCUACCACCUCAAAUUACUAUCCGCUUCAUCAAGGCUGCUAGCGUUAACUCACCUCGCUUCCCGACAAUUAUGGGAACGGCCUCCGCUUUUCUAGCUUCUCACUCUGCUCAUCCCUCAGCAGUCCAAGAUGAAGCCACUGAACUAAUAAUCCACGCCUAUGAACUCAUGAACUUCGUGAGCGCCCAGCCGGAUCAAUACGAUCCGGAGGUCGCGCAUAGCUGCAUUGAUUUUCUCAACCUGAUGUUGCCCAAAUACAAAACAGCAUUUUUUAACCUUAUCCACGCGCCUACACCCCAGCACAGUGUCGUCGUUCCCACGAUCCUCACAUUCACACUGGCAGUACUGAAACGCCACGACCCUCUCCCUCUCCGGUCUGCUUCCGUAUUCUGGUCCACCCUAUUCUCCCUCACAGAUCUGCCAGUUGAGCUCCAACCAGGGACGGGCGGUUCUAUCACGGGACACCCGGUUGCCACGGCAGCUAACGGUACAAUUCCCCAACAUGCGCAGCAUUUCUUCGACACCUGCCUCGCAUCACUUGGAAAUAUACUUAUGUAUCACAUAUCAGGUCACUGCGCACGCUCGGACCUUGACUACCUGUGUGAGGUUAUUAAGAAGUUCAUAUUCCACUACCAGGGUGCGGCACGUGUGCAUUUGGGGGCCGCGCUGGCGGGAAUGGAUAGUUCAACUGCACCAGGUGAGCCGGGAGGGGGAGGACGGGUGCCGGAGAAGGCAGAGCGAGAAAGAUUCUUAUCAUCUAUACAUGCUCGCUGA